CCGGACGCUGCGCUGGGGCCGUGCGGCGGAGACCCGCAGGGCCAUCCCGGAUGCGGACGCUCAACUUGGAGCAACUUUAAGAUCCGACCGGCCCGCCGGCCCGCGCGGACCCCGAGCGAGAAGAGAAGAGGGCAAACACGAAGAUGCCUCGGCCGGGCCGCAACACCUACAGCGACCAGAAGCCGCCCUACUCGUACAUCUCGCUGACCGCCAUGGCCAUCCAGAGCUCGCCCGAGAAGAUGCUGCCGCUGAGCGAGAUCUACAAGUUCAUCAUGGACCGCUUCCCCUACUACCGGGAGAACACGCAGCGCUGGCAGAACAGCCUUCGCCACAACCUCUCCUUCAACGACUGCUUCAUCAAGAUCCCGCGGCGGCCGGACCAGCCCGGCAAGGGCAGCUUCUGGGCGCUGCACCCCAGCUGCGGGGACAUGUUCGAGAACGGCAGCUUCCUGCGGCGCCGCAAGCGCUUCAAGGUGCUCAAAUCCGACCACCUGGCGCCCAGCAAGCCGGCUGACGCGGCGCAGUACCUGCAGCAGCAGGCCAAGCUGCGGCUCAGCGCGCUCGCCGCCUCUGGCACGCACCUGCCGCAGAUGCCCGCGGCCGCCUACAACCUGGGCGGCGUGGCGCAGCCCUCCGGCUUCAAGCACCCCUUCGCCAUCGAGAACAUCAUCGCGCGGGAGUACAAGAUGCCCGGAGGGCUGGCCUUCUCCGCCAUGCAGCCGGUGCCCGCGGCCUACCCGCUCCCCAAUCAGUUGACCAGCAUGGGCAGCUCGCUGGGCACGGGCUGGCCGCACGUGUACGGCUCUGCUGGCAUGCUCGACUCGGCCACCCCGAUCUCCAUGGCGAGCGGCGACUACAGCGCCUACGGGGUGCCGCUGAAGCCGCUGUGCCACGCGGCGGGCCAGACGCUGCCCGCCAUCCCCGUGCCCAUCAAACCCGCGCCGGCCGCGGUGCCCGCGCUGCCCGCGCUGCCCGCGCCCAUCCCCUCCCUGCUCUCGCACUCGCCGCCCUCGCUCAGCCCCACGUCCUCGCAGACAGCCACCAGCCAAAGCAGCCCCGCCACCCCCAGCGAGACGCUCACCAGCCCGGCCUCCGCCCUGCUGUCCGUGGCGGUUCACUGACCCGCAGGAGUCGCGCCUGCCCUCGUCCCCUCCGGGCCGCCCCGCGCACACCUGCCCCGGCGCCCUGCCCGCUCUCUGCGACCUCGGCCCGCCGCCCCAACUUGUCCUGUCCACCUCCGGCCGACCUUCUCUCUUCCAGAACUUUGCUUUUGUUGUUUUGCUUUGGAGACAAAAUUCAAACUUGCCCGAAGGCGCACGGGAGGUCUUGGCCCCGCGACCCGGAAAGCGAGGGCGACCAGAGCCCAGCAGCCCCCACCCCCACCGGAGGGCGGGGAUCCGGCGCGCCCAGGCAGAGAACGUGGCGCGUCCUUCCCGGCCCGGAUCCGCAGAGCUCCGGACUCUGCCCAGUUGUGGCGCGGGAGAAACUGCCCGGAGGUUUCCGAACACAUCCCGGCGAGCUGGAGCUCCCGAGGUCCGGAGAAUCUGCAGCGAGAGGAACCACUCACUAAUCUUCCCACCCCGCUCGCCUCCGCCCCUCGGGCGCAGCUUCCCGGGGCUGGGGCCCAGCUCCGGGGGUUGGCGGUUGGCCGUUGGCCGAAAUCUUUUUUGUUGUUUUGUUUGGGGUUUUGUUUUCUGCCUUAGGCUCCGGGAGCGCGAGUUAGGAGAGAGGCUUCUAACCUGAGAGAGGGACCCUCGUCCUCACCAGGAGCAAAAUAAAACUAAAAGUAACCUUGUAUUGUUUACAGAGGGCCCGGUAAAAUGUAAACAGUGAACUUGACUCUGUCUCCUUAGGCGAGCGAGUGGGCAAAGCCCACUUUACAAGUACCUGUUGUAAUGUGAAUGUUUACUCUUCAUUUCUGGCCAGGUUGAGGGGAGGGGGGAUGGGAAAGUUAAUUGGGAUGUUAACUUUCUUGUUACUUAGAGACUUUCUUAGCUAUUUAUUUUAUUGAAGAAGAAAAAGAAGGAAGGAAGAAAAGAAGGAAAGAAGCAAGCAAGCAAGCGAGAAAGAAAGAUAAAAUAAGUCCAAACCAAGAAAGGACCAAGGGCAAGCCUGAAGAGUUUAGACCAGCUGACUGGUAUCAGAAGAGGUGUCAGCAGAUAGUUUCCCCUGGACAAGUCUUUCUGUUUGUUAAAAGAACUUUUCCAUGAAGCUAAAGGGCUGCAAAGAGAUGUAAAUAGUUGUGAAUAGGAAUGAUUAUACACUGUGUAAAAUGCA